AACAAGCAAAGUGUCUCUGAAAGCACCCUGUUUCCUGGGAAACCAGUGCCUGCGGCCACUGGUUUCGCUCACUCCACCGUUAUAUAACCCAACCUACUCCAACCCCUCAUUCCAACAGCACAAGCAUCCACUCAGUUCUUUCACUACUCUGCAAGUCCAACAGUACACAGGCACACAGCGAUCACAAAUCAGUUUCCAUUCCCGACCAACCCAGCAAGAAGAAGAAGGAGAAGAGAUGGCCGGUGCAGCGAAGGCGUCGUGGACGGUGGCGAUGAGCGUGGGCGCGGUGGAGGCGCUCAAGGACCAGGCCGGACUCUGCCGCUGGAACUACGCGCUCAGGUCCAUCCACCGGGCCGCCAAGGCCAAGUCCAGCGCCCGCGCCGCCGUCUCCCAGGGCAAGAAGCAGCUUCCGGUAUCCGCGGCGGCGGUGGCGGAGAGGCGACGAGCGGAGAAGGCCGAGGAGGGGUUGAGGACCGUCAUGUACCUCAGCUGCUGGGGUCCCAAUUAG